AUGACGGACAUGAAACCAGUCCUUUUGUUGCUUCCCAAAGCUUUACUUAAAUCAUUUGCGAAUGUGAAUGAACUUCCGUUGUCCUAUCGUCAUUUAACUAAAGGAAGACAAUUUUCUAUAGGUGAUCAUAAAUUACGUGCUCGUCGUCAAAAUGAUUCAACAGCUGAACUGUAUUGCUUUCAAAAGAAUAGUAAAGGAAACGAAGCACAAUUAAUAUCAUCUCCAGUGGAAACAUAUUCAUUAAUUCAAGAUAUCGAUCCGCCAAUGGAUUGCGCACCUAAAGAAGUUACCUUUCGGCCAGAUUUUCCAACUGAUCUUAAACUUCGUUGUUUACCAUUCGGCUCAGAUGAACCGAAAGUCAAUGGUACAAAAACCAAAACAAAAAAGAAACGAAAACGUCUAGAAGAUUGA